AAUCGAUAUCGCAACCUAUCGAUAUCGGAGCCAGCGCACACAUAGUGCAAAAGAGUUUGCGAAAAAAAACCUGGACAAAAAGGCAAAUUGAUUGCGAACCGCGCAGCUUAAGGAAGCAGGAGUUUCCCAUCGACCUGUGCCGUGGAGUGUUCUAACCCCCGUAACUGUGGCGGCACCGAAAAGCUAGCGAAACCUUCGCCACUGGAGAGCUCCCAUCUUCCACCUCCUCCAACUCCGUCUUGCGGCCAAAAGACAGAAAGGCAGCGCAGAGAUUUUGCGGGGCAGCGGGGUCUGGCACUGGCCUGUUGGGGCUACUAGCGUGGAAAUACACAAACGGAUCGGAUCGGGUUCCGGGUCCGGGUCGGAGGAACGGGGCGUGGCUCGCUAACCAGCGGCUUGGCAAACAAACACAACCGGAGGCGGCAACAAGUAGGCAGCAGGCAUGGACGUGUCGCUCACUGAAGCGGAGACGCGAUUCUACAGUGAGCUGUUCCAAUGCUGCGACGUGGAGAAGACGGGCAAGGUGCCCAUGCUGAAGGCCACCGAGCUCUUCCGCUCGGCGGACAUCGCCAACGAUAUUGUGAUUGAGAUCACCGGCCUGGCGGGGAUUCCCUCCACGGCACUGCACAUCUCGCGCACGCAGUUCUACUCAUGCCUGAAGCUGAUCGCCGCCCAUCAGGCGGCCAUGCCGCUGCGCCAGGAGCUGAUUUUGGCCACCUUUCCGAUCCCACUGCCGCACUUCAGCUGGAAGGAGGCGGUCACGGCUCCGGUGGCCGUCGAAAACGGACUGGCCGCCUUGCCCCCGCCGCCGCCCACUGAUCGCAGGAACUCGCUGCGUCGCAACUCGCAGCAGGAGCAGCUGCAGGACACCUCCGAUGUGCCCAGCACUGACUCCGAGGUGGAGCAAAACGAAUCCGUGGACGAGGCGACGGGCCACGGACGCGGCACGGAUGGCAGCGGGCUCGUCAGCAGCAGCAGCCGCGAGAAUGUCGGGCGACGCCGAGGCGGCGGUGCUGCCGGUGGGUCUCCCGAAGCCUGGAGCACCAACAGCGACAGCCCCACACCCACCAACAGUGUGGCCCUCUGGCAGGGAUUGCUGGGCGACGAGCACCGCCAGCUGCUGGGCACGGAGGAGGAGUCCUCCGAUCGCCACAGCAGCGACGACGAGGACAACGAGAGCGAGCUGGUUACCAUCUACGAGAUAACUCCGGAGCAGCGCGAGUACUAUAAUAAGCAGUUCAGAACGGUCCAAAGAGAUCCUCAUGGACUGCUAUCUGGCCAGGCAGCAAGAGUCUUUUUCGAAAAGAGCCGCAUCCCUGUGGAGGAGUUGCGUCACAUCUGGCAAUUGUGCGACGUUACACGCGAUGGAGCACUGAGCUUGUCCGAGUUCACGGCCGCCAUGCACCUGGUGGUUCUGAGACGCAACAACAUUCCGUUGCCCACCAGCCUGCCCCACUGUCUGCAUCCCAAUGUGCUCCAAGCGGCUGUGGCUGGCAGUGGCCAGGGAGUGAGCUCCUCAUCGUCAGCUGCGCUGCCUCAGGAGCCGCCUGAGGCUGAUCUCCUGCAUCUGAACGAUGACGAUGAGGACGACCACACGGACAAUACAAUCAUAGCCGGCAAUCUCAGCGGCGGCAGUGCCAACAGCAAACCGCGUCCCAACGUGCCCAGCGACAAGAACAUCAUGAAUCUGAGCAGCAUCUCCACGUCCUCGCAAGCAAGCAACAGUUCCAGGCGUGAGGCCACACCCCAGAAUUCGUUGGCCAAGAACCGCAGCAUCUCGAACUCACCGAGUGCGGAGAAGGCGGUGGUGGGAGCGGUUUCGUCUACGGCAAAUGCUGUAGACGCGAGCAACGCCUCCACCCAGUGGACAAAGUUCAGCGAAUCUCCCACAACAAGUGCGGCUCCGUUGCAGUCAACCACUGUUGUUGCCGCCGGAGCAGCCGCUCCUGCCGUCUCUAGUCCCGGGCUGAAGCCAGCCCUGUUCGACAUGAAGCGCUCUGCCCAGGACGUGGUCUCCAAUCCACAGAUCCUGCACCCAGUGCCGCUAAGAGUGACACCCAUAGGCACCGCCAUCGCUUCUUCGGCCGAGUCAUCCAACGACAACGACAGCGUUGUGGUUCUGCGCGAGGACAGUCCCAAGGCCAUCUCUUCGACCGCAGUCAACAAUCAGUCAUCUGGAUCUGCUGUUUCAACCGGAGUAUCGGGAGCUAAUAGCUCCCAUCGCGAGAGCAGCGAUUUGCGUGCCAUCCAACGGCCUCAGGCCAAAAAGCUGCCGGCUAAGAACAGUGCAUUGCCACCGCCACCGCAACGUGAGCCGAGCAUCGGCUCAACUGGCCCAAGUGAGCCUUCGGAGCAGCAGCCCAGUUACGUGGCAUCAUCGUUGGCGUCCAAGAAGGAGCCACCGCCGCUGCCGCCACCGAGGCCACAUCGUCAUGCGCGAAGCAGCAGUCUGGACUUGAACAAGUUUAAAAUGGGCUCAACGGGCGGUGCCCAGCAGGCGGAGAUCACUGCGCAGGCCAGCUUCGAUAUGCAAACCUCAACGGGGUUUGCCGAUUUCACGCACUUUGCCGACGAAGGCGCCGCGAACGUCGUGGACGAACAGCAGCUACACUCCUUGCCGCCGACAGCACCUCCGCCGCAGGCAGCAGUGGUGCCGCCCACGAGGAUUACACUUCAGCAGGCUCAGCAGCGCGUUUCCGCUUUCGAGGUUUACCGCAAGCCGCAGACGCCGCGCGGAUCGCAAUCGCCGCCGCAACAGCCACCACCGCCGGCCCCAGCUCUGGGAUUGGCUGCCCAAUCCGGCCAGCUGCCCAAUGCCGAGAGCUUUGAGAAGCGGGUGACCGCCAUUAGCGACUCGCUGCGCCACGUGUCCUUUAAGCAGGGACAGGCCAGCACCACGGAGGUGUUGCAACGGCUGCGGGAGCAGAACAACUCUCUGCUCCAUCUCUGCAAUGACCUAAGCGACGAGCUGUUGAAUGUCCAGACACGCAAGGAGGAGAUGCGACUCAAGCUAGAGGGACUGAGUGCCGGUGAUGCCACUGGACGAACAAGCUCCUCCAUAUCCGCCCCGGUGACGGCGAAUGUGACUGGUGGAUCCUCGGGUUCGGCAGGUGCUGCUUACACCAACGUUUGAACAGCGAAAAAUAAUCAUGUUUACUAGGGUGAAUCGAUUUGUUCAACAAGAAUUGGAGCGGAGGAAGCUUCUUUAUCUAAGGCCUUGCAUCUCUUCUUUUAUAAUCUCUUAAGCCAAAAAUUUAACAUUCCUUUUAAAGUGUUACCAUGUUUUUUUUUUUUCUUAACUAAUUGUUGGACUUAUUAUAAUUUUCCUUAGACUGCCUUUAUUAAAACAAAUAUUUGGUUUGCAAAAAUGCUUAAAAAAAAUCUGAUAGCUAAGUGUAUGCGCUAUUUAUUUUUUCUGACCACUUAUGUACAAGUUGAGAAGAACAUUGGCUUGCUUUUUUUUUUUUUUUUCAUUCAAACAAAUCGAUCCACCCUUAAUGUUUAAAACUUAUUUUGUUGUUUCUGUAUGUUGCAAGCACAAUUAACUAAUCGGGGUGUUUACACAGCGAUAAGACUGAGCAAUCGUUCGAGUAAGCGACUAAAAUUUCCGUCAAAAUGUCUUUUUUCUAGAGAAAAUAUUUACAUAGUCUGUGGAAAAAUAAUCACAAGAUCAGCAAACUUCUAAAUUCCCUGUAUUUACAUUGCUUACUCAAAAGUAUGCUCAGUUUUAAGCUGAUAAAAGUCAACCUAAUGGAGCUGGUACCGCGUCCGUUUAUGCAUGGAAAUUGCUAAUUUAAUUUGUAGGCUAGUUAAAUCUCAAGAACACAAAACAAAUCAUGCGAGAACAGCAACAAUAAUGCCGCCUCUAUAGAUAUUUAUGCAGAUCAAUUUAUAUAUGUAUACAUAUAUGUAUAUGUAAAUUAAGAGAUAUAUGUAUAUGGUAUAUGCGCUUCUCCUAAUUGUUCGCUUGACAGCCACCCGUAUCUCACCCUCACACUAGUGAUUAAUGAAACUGCCACAAAGUGGUCCAAUCCCAGCUGUAAUAUUGCCUGCUGCGAAGGCAUUUUUCUUUCCAAUUUGCUAUUUAUUAAUGUUUUGUGUAUGCCUCGAAAAAGCGUCCCCUUCUAUUCAUUCCUUCAGUGAAAACUAACAUAGAAAACAAAAAGAAUCACAAAAAAAAAGAACCUAAAACAAAAAAAAAUAAUAAUAAAAAGCCAGGCUUAAUUUUUAAGUAUUAGAAAAGUCAAAGGUUAAAAAAUCGACAACCAAUUCAUUUCCUUUAAAGCUUAGCUUAGGUUUUUCAAAAAAGUACAUACAUAUUAAUAUAUUUUCUAUCUGUAUAGUGUACACGAAAAUACAAACUACUACUUGAUAUUAUGUA